AUGUCCAUCCGGAGGAGGAAGGAGGGAGGAGGUGGUGCAGGGGAGGUGCUGUACACCAGGUCACCUAUCUGUCACAUAGGCAAGGUGCACUUUGACUUUAGUGAGGAGGUGGUCAGGAGUCGCUCCCCCUCCACCACUCACAGGUGACUCUCUUCUUUCUUCCUUUAGUUCUUCGUCUGUUUGUUUGAUUAUUAGUUUAUUUUUCUGUCUGUCUGUCUGUGUCAGUCUUUCUUUCUUUCUCUCAUACUUUUUUAGGUUGCAGUAUUGGUAUAAAUACCUGUGUAUGAUAGAUUGUAGAAUGGCUGUGUUGCAACAUUUACUUACUUUACAGUAAGUCAUUUCAGAUAGGAUUGCCCUUGCACAAUAAUGAUUUGCAAAGAUAUUGUGAAAAUGUACUACUUUGGUGGUGAAUUCCUCUGUGUGUUUGCAAUGCAAUAUGAAUACUUUGAAUACACAUUUACAGCAGAUGUACUGUACUAACAUGCUGGGGUUCAGUGUAAGAUUAAGUGUGUGUGUGUGUGUGUGUGUGUGUGUGUGCGCGUGUGUGUGUUCCUACGCUUGUAUUUAACAUCGAUUAUGUCAAUCUGAUGGUCGCUGGGAGGUGUGGGAGUAGGAAAUGCCUUAGUGGGAUAUGGAGAUAUGUUCUGGGAUAAUCCUACAUGAAGGGACUACAGUGGGGGUAAAUGCUGCUGGGCUACUGUAUUAGAGGCUCAACUGUGAGGCUUUAGAUGUAGUAGUACAGUAUUGUAGUAGUGUUGUUUGGUAGUGUUUGGUGCAUAUUGGAUUUGGAGUGCGCACGUUUCAAAUAUACAUACAUACAUACACACACACACACACACACUCACACACACACACUCACACACACACUUAGUUGGUGCCUUAUCUCUGUUUGUACAACUCUGUUUGCAUCCCUCCCUCUGAGCAGGAUAUUCUAUCUAGCUUCUGCUCUGCUCACAUGCCUUGGCUGCUCACCUCUUGACCUCUCUGCCACCCUGUAAUGUUUGGCAUCAUCAGUAGAGGAAAUCCGGUUAUUUUCUGUCAUCUGCUUAUGAGCCAUUUGCGUGUAAUCUGCAUCAUUAUAAGCCAUCAAACACAAGGCAUUUCUGCCUUAGCUCUGUGCACCGAAAUAUGGUGUGCUUAUAAUGGUGUGCUCUCCUGUAUCACUGUAUGUACAGGUUUCAAGUUUCAAGUUUUAUUAGUCGUAUGUACAGGAUACACAUGGUAUACACCGUCCAACGAAAUGCUUACUUGCAGGUUCCUUCUCAACAAUGCAACAACAAUAGGAAAUAAAAAAUAAGAAUAUGAACAUAAAGUAAAUGGCUCAGUAGAAUAGAAUAAACAUUUUUAGCAUUUAACUGUACAGGUCCUGUCAUACAGCAGUUCACUUCACUGUCACCUAUUCAAUUAAUCAACAAUAUUUUUUGUAAAGCCCUUUUUUACAUCACCAGUUGUCACAAAGUGCUUUACAGAUACCUAGCCUAAAACCCCAAAGAACAAGCAAUGCAGAGACAGAAGCACAGUGCCUAGAAAAAACUCCUAUUGGUACUGUUAUCACAGUCUAGGUUUUCCACUAAUUUCAAUAUUCAAUAUUUCAUUGCUUAUGAUUACACUGUUUGCUUGCAAAUUGCCACUCUGGGGUGGACUAUUCUAUUCUACUCUACUCUACUCUUCCCUGCUCUAUUCUAGGUGCAUCGCUGUGAGUCUGUCAUCUGUUUUUCUCUCUCUCCUGUGUCUUACUGCAGCUUCGAUGUGGAGAAUGCCCCGUCUGCAUGCUGCAGCCCGUCGGACCCCCAGGCGUCCCCGAGCUCCGGCCUGGUCCUGCACCCCAACAUGGGGGGCCACGGGCAGCGCCGCGAGUCCUUCCUCUACCGCUCCGACUCGGACUACGACAUGUCGCCCAAGUCCCGCGAGUUGUCCCGCAACUCCUCGGUCGCCGGAGAACUGUGA